AUGGAAAGAUUCUCGGUACGUAAAACUUCUCUCCCUCCCUCUCUCUCUCUCUCUCACCAUCCUCAUCACCAUCCAUCCAUCCAUCCAUCUAACCACCCAUCCUCCCUCCUACCUAGAAACAAACCCCUCCCCAUCGUCCAACUCCGCCAAUGGUCCGACCUCACCUCCCUCGAAUACAUCCACCUCUCUUCAUCAUCCCCGCAAAACCUCCGUUGGAUUUUCCGCCGCAACAUCACGAACCGAAAAACUCAAGAGAUGAUCACCAAAGCCCUGCGAAAAAAGUCCAAGCAAAGCGACAGCGACUUCAAAGCAAAACCUUGGCCUGGAGAUAUGUUUGAACCGGGACACGAAGGUUUCGAAGCGCUGAUUGCGACCCCGAACGUGAGUGGGGUGGUUUGGAUGUUGGUGCAACACGAGGAAGAAUUUGGGAGGAAAGAGAUUAAGAGUUUGAGGGUUUGGUGGGAUGGGAAGGGGGUGAAUUAUACGCCGAAUUUGAUGGUAAGGGAGGUGGGUGGGUGGGUGAAAGGAACACGUGCAGGAAAUUCUCUGAUUUUUGCAUGCUGGUGUUUUGGCAUUCGACCUGGCUACGGAGACCGGAUCAAGCUACCUACCAUUAGCAUACGGACGUCCGUCCGUACGACCUUGAAUCAAAACGAUGGACGAUGGAUACAUACCCCUCUAUACUUUUCCCAAACCCACGCAUCUCAGAGGGCAGACAGUACAUUAGCAUCAUACGCCGUAACUACUGACGAGCUACUUACCUUGUUCUCAUCACACAUCUCACUUCAUCCGGCAGGUCGACAAAACUUACUGUACAUAUAUUGUCACUGCGUUCACGCUCAUCAGUAUUCGGAAAUCCGACAUAGCCACAGAUACACGCACGCAUCAAAGGUACAGUACAGUACGUACGUGUACAGUACAGCCAAGCAAACACGCACGCAUGCCAAGGACCAAGACUCUUGGUUGACUUCAUCCGUCUUGGUCAGCCCAGGACCAGGCUGCGACAUUCCAAAUAGGAAGUGCAUCAAUACAAUAUCAGGAGUUGAGAUUGGGAGAAUGAUUGAUUCAAUGAAGCGAGACAAGUCGCCUGCCUCAGUAACAUCAUAUUUACAGGAAAAAGAAAAACCAAGCACAACCCAACAAAGCUUAGUGUGCUCUCUCAUUGGUAUCGUCACUCUGCCGUCUCAAUUCAGAUCGGAUGCUAGAACGCUCAUUCGUAUUGCCGUGCCAAAUCCAAUGCCAUUGAGCAAAAACGCUCAGAUGCUUCAUGCCGAAAUAACAAACGAGCGCAGCGACCAGACAGGCUUUCUCAUGAUGCCGAAACAGUGCCGGCGGCGCUGUGCUCUUCGCACAGAAUGGUAAAAGGUGAUGACGGUAGUGGCAGUUACAUGGAGAGAAUAUGCUCUCCUUUGCCGCGGUAUCGCUGAAGCUCAAGGCCCAGCUCGCGCAUGCGUUCAGCUCCUCUGCCAGGCUUGACUCGGUAGUUCUUCUCGCCCUUGGCAGCUGCUUUCGCGCAGGCCUUUUGAAGCAUCUUCUCUUUGCGUCGUUGACGCUUCUUCUCCAGGCCUUUGUAGAUGUCAAUGGCGCCACGCUUAUGGUAGUCGCCGGUAUUAGCGUGAUCGGCCGGCUCGUCGUCUUCUCCGUCGUCGAUGCGGAAACCGUUGGGCUUACCAAGAUAAAAGCCGCCGCCGCGAGGAAGUGAUGAGGUGUGGGUGAGCUGUGGGCGGCUGGCCAGCACGUUUGCAGCAGCAUCGGCGUGGAAGUUUGGCGAUGCUCGCCUUGUGUUUGGGGGCGACGUCAUCAUGGUGAGCGGUGCUGGUGGUGAUCGGCUUCGUUUUGGAGAGUGACCACCAAAGAGUUUGCGAGGUGGUGGAGAUCGAGCAGUGCUGCGUCUAGUGGUAGGAGGCGGAGGUGACCGAGCGCUGGCCGGCACCCGCUUCAAAGCAGACGGAGCGGGAGACCUGUGGCGAGCUGGAGGUGGUGGGGAUCUGUGCACGUUCGUCUUGUUGCGUGCACUAUGCGAUGGUCGACGUCGGAGCGUGGUGUCGCCGUCCAGAUCAUCGAGCUUGCCGUGCAUCAGACUUUCGCAGUCGCUCUCUUCCGGGUCGACGAGAUCCUCAUCGUCCUCUUCAUCCAGUUCGGGAUCCGAGGUAGGGAAAGUUGGGUCAAUGUCUUGCGGUCGUGCUUUAUGCUUCGCCGCCUCACGCUGCUUGCGGUGGUUGAUGAAGGCUUGCUCAAUAGGUCUGUCUUCGUCGAGAGUGCCACACACAAAGUCGGUGGAAUCUGGAAGAUCGACUGGCUCAGCCCUAGGAUGGAUAGGUACCCCGUGAGCAUGGUUCUUGCGACGAGCCUUUCUGAGCGAAGUUCUUGGCGAGAGGUGGCUUGAAGUUGCAGAGCCCACCGAAGAAGACAGCGCGGUGUCUUGGUGUUUGGCAUUGGCCGCGAGGUCGAGGCGAUCCAUUGAAGUCGCGGCCGUCGAUGCAGCGGCACUAGGUCUCCACCACUCGUCGUCGCUCGCUUCACCUUCAGAAUCGGAUUCGGCAAAGCCAUCUUCAUCAUCGGUACGGAAGCCAUCGUCAGACUCCUCCUCUUCGUCCUCGUCCUCGUCUUCGGCUUCGAGGUCAUCAUCGUCAUCAUCGUCCUCGUUGAGCGCUUCCGCAUCGAGAUCAUCCUCGUCCUCUUCUUCCUCGACAGCUUCUUCCUCGACUUCCUCGCACGCUUUGCGGAUGUAGGUCUCUUUCUUGAGAGUGUCGCUGACCGUCAAGCGGCUGCGAUGACAAGUAGACUCCUGCACCCAUUCUUCCGGCUCGUCAUCACUAGAAGCGAACUCGUGGAAUCGAAUUGCUUCUGUGCUGGCAUCCGACUCAUCGUCGGACACUUUGCGCUGAUGCGCAUUUGCAGAAGGGGUUGCAGUGGGCGCGGAAGCAGUCUCGACAAUGACGGGACUUUUGCGGGAGCUCUUUGGUGAAGCAUGGGUGACAGUGGAAUCAGAGCCGCGAUGGGAAUUUGAUUCAGACUUCGCAGAUCUCCGCUCCGGAGGCGGAGGACUGACGAUGCGUCUUCCGGAGCUUGUCCUCUCCAUUGGUGGUGUGCUCUCUGCUGCGGAUCGAGUGGGACAGAUGAACUUCAAAGCACAUUUUCGCUUUGGCGGGCAGGCCGAAGAUGGCAACGGCUCUGCUGUCUUGGGAGUCUCCUUUGGCUGUGAUGUUGGAGGCCUCUCGAUCUUCUUGCCACCGCAUGCGAACGAUAUGCAUCGCUUCCUGCCUAAGCCUGCCUCGACCGUCUUUUCAGAGGCUCCAUGUGCAGGCUUCUCGUCCUGACCGA